CGCCAACGAGCAUGGACUGAUCAUCUUCUUCCUCACUCCGACAUCACUCGCCUCCUGACCGGCACCUCGUCAGCAAACAAUCGGCUACUCACGCAACUCCUACACAAGGCGCCAAUUACGGCCCUUUGGAGCAGAUAACAAGACAAGCUUCGCAGCAACGAGAAGCAUCUACACAACUCAGCCGAAGCAGAACCGCAAGAAAAGCAAAGUGGGUCAAUCACUCUAGCAGAGAUCGCGAAGCAGAAAGUAGCACCAUGGCGACGUACGGAAGCUCCCCGUACGCUAGACCCUCGGGCUUCGCAGCCGCAGACGAUGAAUCACCUCUGGCCAAGGUCAGAGCGUACACUUCCAAGGUUGAAGACCUGAUCGACCAGUACACGCAGCCCAUCAAGCCUCAUCUUCCAGCGCUUGGCAGGUUCCUCAUUGUAGUCACCUUUCUGGAAGAUGCCCUGCGCAUCCUGACUCAGUGGGGCGACCAAAAGUACUAUCUCCAAAAGCAUCGGGGAUUCCCUUGGGGCAUCUCUCACGUCUUCCUCCUCACGAACGUUAUCGUCAUGCUGGCAGCCUCGGGUGCAGUCAUCGCGCGCAAAUUCCCUGAAAUCAGCGUUGGAGCUCUUUUGGGUGUGGUAGUUGUGCAAGGAUUUGGAUAUGGCCUUAUUUUCGAUAUCAACUUUUUCCUGCGCAACUUGUCCGUGAUUGGUGGAUUGCUCAUGGUCUUGUCGGACAGCCUGAGCAAAAAGAAGAACAUCUUUGCUGGUUUGCCUAGCAUCAGCGAGACGGAUCGCAGAAUCUACUUCCAGCUCGCCGGUCGCGUGCUUCUCAUCUUCCUCUUCAUUGGCUUUAUUAUCCAAGGCAAUUGGUCGAUCGCACGCGUGGUUGUGUCCAUUCUUGGACUUGGCGCCUGCAUCAUGGUUGCCGUAGGAUUCAAAGCUCGUUGGUCCGCCAGCUUCCUGGUACUGCUCCUCUCUGUCUUCAAUCUCUUUGUGAACAACUUCUGGACUGUUCACCACGCCCAUCCCGCUCGCGACUUUUUGCGAUACGACUUCUUCCAGACCCUCUCUAUUGUCGGAGGUUUGCUCUUGCUUGUGAACCAAGGACCAGGCGGUUUCUCGAUGGACGAGAGAAAGAAAUCCACCUGAGGGUUCCAGGCUGAGCGGGGCAACAAUACCAGGGCUUCGCACAAGCAGAGAUCGAAAGGGGCGCAAUACGCGCGGAGUGAAGUUGCAACAUUUAGCAAUGGCGAUGGGAGAAGCGCGUCUGGUUUCCGUGUCGAACAGCUGCAUAAGCGAGGUGUGCAGGCGACUUGCAGAGACGCAGCGAGCCUCGCUUCCAAACCAGCUCUGCUCAAGGCGCUUCUCAAUCCAUCCGCUUCUAAAUAUGUCCACCAAUCGUUCUGCUCCGCAGUCAGAUCAAACCAAAAAGAAUGAAUCCGUCUCAUCUCAGG